CUAGAAUCAAACAUUUAGCUAGUAUAUACACUGUAGUUAUAUUCAGUACUGUACUGAGCCCAGAGCCUGUUAUUCAUUGUUAGCAGUUAGCUGUUAUGUAAUGUUUAUGCAAUCAAGCAUGUCCGUAUCCAUGAUGAGAGUAAAUUAAAUACGUAUCAGCACAAAACGAUUGUGAAGAAAAUUUAUGCAUGUUGUAGUAAAAGUCCUAGUCUUCUGUGCUACCAUUAUCUUAGCCUGUCACAUGGCGACCAACAGUAGCUUGUACCGAAAGUCAGUGUUCUUUUUCAAAGGGUUGAGUGAAUUUACAAGGAAUGGUUUUCAGAAAGCUGCACGAAAUUUCCAAACAUCAGAUCUAGAUGGAGACAUAUCGGGGCUCUCGUACAUGAUUACCGGAGCCAAUAGUGGGAUCGGUAGGAGCACAGCUCUGUCUCUGGCCGGUAAAGGGGCCACGGUGCACAUUGUAUGCAGGAACUCUACCCGUGGGGAAGAGGCCAAACAAGACAUCGUAUCACAGACAGGGAAUGAUAAAGUACAACUGCACUUGUUGGACAUCUCAAAGCCGCGAGAUGUGAUAAAAUUUGCCGACGACUUUGUCAAGUCUGACCAGCAACUGGAUGUGUUGGUGAACAAUGCUGGUACCAUGGUGAAUCAGAGAGAGCUGACUGAAGAUGGACUAGAGAGAAACUUUGCCACCAAUACACUAGGAACCUAUUUGCUAUCUACUGAGCUACUGCCUGCCCUGGAGAAGAGCUCUGACCCCAAAGUGGUCACCGUCUCAUCUGGAGGUAUGUAUUUGAUGAAACUCGACUCUGAGAACUUUCAGUUUGAGCGUUGCUCAUUCUCUGGGGACAUGGUCUACGCCCAGAACAAGCGGCAGCAAGUGGUGAUGACCAGGAAAUGGGCAGAGUCAAAUGAAAAAGUCAAGUUCUAUACCAUGCACCCGGGAUGGGCUGAUACACCAGCUGUGCAACAGUCAAUGCCAGACUUUCAUGCAAGACUAGAGAGUAGACUACGGACUCCAGCACAAGGGGCCGACACCAUCGUCUGGCUGUGUAUCGCCAAGGGGAUGACUAAUGGAGCGUUCUACCAAGACCGUCAAGCGGUUGCUCAGCACUUGACGAUGGCUUGGACUCAGUCCACAACAGAGGAAGAGAACCUGUUCAUGACCAGACUGGAGCAAGUAGCCUCUAGGUUCAGAAGCAACUGACAUAAUUAUGAUAAUUCGUGAGAGAAUUUCGUUUUAAUCCUGUUUAAUUAACUCAUUAAUGAUGGUAAAUUUAAUAGCAAGACCAAUUAUUA